AUGCCAGAUGCUUGUCGUAGUUGCCUCAAUAAUGCUGCAAGUCUUCUCCCAGUGAAAUGUCCAAAUCAGAAGGAGGCAUUUAUAUACCAUGACUCGUGCAGCUUUCAAUAUUCAAGUAGCUCAAUGUUUGGGAUAUAUCAGGACCCUGAUUUUUUCUACGCAAUUAAUAACCCAAGUGAGGUAGCAGAUGCAGAGCGGUACACACGUGCGCUUGAUCGGCUAAUGCAAGUUCUUAAGACCAAAGCUGCAGCUGGCGGUCCUCAUCGCAAGGUGGCUGCUGGAAACGCCUCAACGCCGUUUCACUAUGUACAUGAUUUUGCUUAG